AUGGCUUGGAAGUCGAGCGGUAGCACACAUACAGAACUUAUAAACAAUCUAUUCAGAAAUCGAGUAAUUUCAUCUGAGAUUGUCAAGAAUACUAUGCUUUCCGUGGAUCGUGGGUACUUCGCCAGAUCGAAUUCUUACGAAGACCGACCAUCCUCUAUAGGCUAUGCCGCGACAAUCAGUGCUCCUCAUAUGCAUGCUUAUGCUCUGGAAGCAUUAAGAGAUCAUCUUAAACCUGGUGCACAUGCUUUAGAUGUUGGAUCAGGUAGUGGAUAUUUAACGGCGUGUAUGGCUCUUAUGGUAGGCCCUACAGGAUGGGUGCCAGAUGCACCUUAUGAUGCAAUUCACGUAGGUGCAGCGGCUCCAGUUAUUCCUAAUGCACUAAAAGAACAAUUGAAAAUUGGUGGUCGUUUAAUUUGUCCUGAAGGACCAGAAGGUGGAAAUCAAGCAUUAGUUCAAAUUGAUCGUUUGCAAGAUGGUUCAUUUCAAAGAAAAUCUUUAAUGGGUGUGAUUUAUGUUCCGUUAACCGAUAAAGAUCGACAAGUCGGGCCAAGGAAAUGAACUGUCGACAACGUACCGUCGGUAAUAAAAUCACAAUUCAUGGAUUAUAUUAAAGUUGUUGCGAAAAUUAGUCCCGAGAAAUUGGGGACAGAACUAAUGAAAUCACUCGAACAUCAAAAACCAGAAAGAAAGUUCCCUCUUGACCCGGAGCGGAGGUGGCAUUAAAUCUCACCAU